GACCUUUUCUAGGAUGUGAUUCGUUAAAGAUCUGCGUUGCCAAGACAUCACUAACAGUUUACAAAUAUGUCGAUUUUAUAAUCUGAAGUUAACCAAAUGGCUCACGUGGUUGAUCUAUUCUUUCCUCCGUCCAUUUCACCGCAGGUUUCAUGUGUUUUACUGUUAAUUUCCUUGGCUCACACUCAAAACAUUGUCGUUUUCCAGCCGUCAUAUCUCACUGCAACUGGACCAAUGGUCACCGCACUUUUGCUCGGAAACACGUCAGACAUCUCUCUGAGUCUGAGGACGGUAUUUCCAUCCAAUACAACAGGAAGCAUUGGUUCUCCAUCAUGUGUAGCUGAGGUUACACAGUGGGUGCUCACAAGGGAGCAGGUGGGAAAGACUGCAGUUCAAGUUCAGCUGAGACUGGAUAAGAGUCUGCGUUUGUGUGGUGAGAAUGAGACGGACACAGACUGCUGUCCAAAGCCACUGUGUGUCCUGGAGACCCUUCAGGUGUCUGCCUGUGUGGGCGGCAUACCUCAGGCAUCACUGCUGAUCCAGGCCAAGAUACAUGCCCUGUUGGUUCCUGCUAAUGUUGGAUCUGAUAAUAAAACAGUCAUUCCAAACCAAGUGUACCAACCACUGGGCUCUUGUCCCUGUGAUCUCACAUAUAAAGCAUGUGAUGUACGCUGCUGCUGUGACAAGGACUGUUCCAUUGAAGAUUUGAAGCUGUUUGUGUCCCACUGUCUCCCAGGGCCUUUUGGUGGACAGGUCUCUCCUGCUUCAGAUUAUCAGUGCUCCGUUCAGUCCUCUGAUGACUCCCCGGAUUGGUUUCCAUUUUUAUGUGUCAAUUCUCCACCUGAAAACAACCCUUACCUUGGACUCUUUUACCAGGGAGACACAAUUACAUCAAAGCCUGGCCCAUCCUUCCAAAGGCCUGUUUUGUCCGCUCCAGUGCCAGUUAAUGUUUAUAUUCAAGGAAGUCCCAUUUUUACAUUAAAUGACCAGUACUUCACUAUUCCCCAGGAGGUGCUCGGGCGGUGUGUGAACAGUGCUCCUGUAGCAUUUUUGAAAAAUUUCAAAGUCAAGUGUGUAACUCUGCUACGUUCCUGUCCAACUGGAUCUCCCUUACAAACACUACCAACAGAUUUGAGGAUUAAAGUGAAGAAUGGGCAAGGGGGUGAUGUUGUAGUGGAUGUAAUUGAUGAAGUGGCCAUUAACUUGAGUCAGUUUAUUUCAAGCACAGAUGCUGUUGCCUCUUCAGAUGAAAGGCUGGAAUGUGAGAAUGUGACAUUAGCACUGGAUUACAAAUUCUACUGGAAAGGAAAUGGCAUUACAAGUGUCACACUGACGCACACUGUUGGGACCAUCACUUUAAGUAGUAGUGUGGCGUUAACUACAAGGUAUUCUGCCGUGUUUCUAAAUGGAGAAUUCAUGGGCGAGCCCGACUCAGGGAACCCAGGUUAUCAGGUGGGAAGGCCUGUUAUUGCUGGAAUUUUGGACACUUUGGACAAUAAUACAGGCUCAAUACAGAGGACGUCAAUCAAUCUUUGGAAACCAGUGAGUGAUGGAUUCUGUUCCACUGCUGAGAAGAAACCAGUUCUGUUUGGGGAGAAUUCAACAUCAGGAUGUCUGCUACCUGUCAGCCGACAGAAUCUGACUCAGUGUAAUCUCCUGAGAGAGACGGUUUCUUCUCUUCAGGCAGCGUUGAUUACAGCCACAUAUGUGGCAAAGAGUGGAAACCCAGAUCCUCUAACUAUGACAGACUGGGUGAACAUAAGCUUUGUGACACUGAACUCAGCUAUGGAAGACACCACAAGUUCAUGCUAUGGGAUUCCAUCCCACCAGCAUGUCCAUGUUUGGAGUCUUAUCACUGGCAUGGUAGAUGGCAUACCUCAAAGGGAUAUCCGUGCUCUGCAAGUCAGCUACAGUCUGUCCACCUGGGCACUGGAUUGUGGAGGAGGUGAUGUCUCUCCGUGUGUGGACCCAGUGGAGACUCAGUUGUUCCCCAUCACUUCCUCGGUCACUUUUACUGACAUUCUUAUCAACACAGGACCACCAAAAACCAGGUUUCAGAUCAACUUCACAGAGUAUGACUGUAGCAGGAAUGAUGUGUGUUGGCCUGAGCUCGCCUUCCCCAUCACCAAAUAUUACACAGGUGAGCCAUAUUCUCAGUCACUGGCUAAAGGCCUUAUCUUGGUUUUCUUCUUUAUCACUGCCUCGAUUCUUGGGACUCAAUGGAGACAAAUCCAACAGGCGUGGAACUGUGCCGCUCUCUAAAACUCUGAGAAAAAUGUAGAGGAAGACACACAGACUGAGGGAUAAUGGAGAGUGAGAGGCUGAACAAGAUGAUGUAUUUAAAUGUCACUGAAAUGUAACUACACCUUUUUCCAUUAGACAUUCUUUAUAAUAAUAUAGUUUUUACAUGGUUAUAAUAUGUUUGUGGGAAUGUAAAUAGUUGUGUUGGUGCACCAUUUUGUAAUAAAGAUGUUUUUUCAAUUA